AUGAAUGGAGGCUUUGAGGAGCUCAAAGGGUUAUUCAAUAUCGCCAUUACCUGUGUCCGGUUUGAAACCAGGACGAGGUGGCUAAACUGGUUGAUCAAAGGGAAGAAAUCACCACCACUGAGUCAAACUCCGUGGUUGGUCAAUCUUCACCUCGAUGGGACUUCGUAUCCCUUUCACCCCUUCAAGCGCGUUUGUCUCAAUCUGUCCAAUGGGAUCAGUAUCCUCUUCUUCCCUUCUUCUUUCCUUCAAGCAUUUUCACCUCAAUGGGCCCGCUUCCGCAAUAUGCUCAAGCGGCGAAUGGCAGCUGCUUCAGACGAGGCUGACAAUCUUCGAAUCGAGCUUGAUGCUUUGACAGAGCGCCUCAAACUACGCGAUGAGACAGAGCUUCGUUCGCGUCUGACCAAACAGAAAGCUCUGUAUGUGCAAACGGUUGCUACUUUGAAGGAAACCAUGGAGGAUAAUAGGCGACUCCAAACGGAAUUCUUGCAUAUGCGAAAGACUGGGAAGUGA